AUGCUGGACUCCGCCGGCGCGGGCACGCGACACUGGACCUCUCAAAUCGCCCACCUCCUCCACCCCCGGAACCUCACCCUCUUCCGCUCCACCAAGGAAGUCAACUCUCAAACCGGCCACCUCGACGGCCUCCGCGGCGUCGCUGCCUUCAUCGUCUUCAUCUGCCAUCUCGCAUACUCCUCCCACGAUGUCAGCAUUGGUUGGGGAUAUACCGGCGAGCGACAGCAAGAGACGGGAAACUCGUAUACGCAAUGGCUGAGACUUCCCAUCAUUCGGCUGGUCUGCGAUGGAGAUCCGGCGGUGGCUAUGUUCUUUUUGAUAUCAGGAUUUGCGCUGAGUUGGAGGCCGCUUAAAUUGGCGAGGGAGCAGGAGUGGGCGAAAUUUGCGCGGACGUUGAUGGGUAGCACGGUCAAGAGGUGGCCGAGAUUGUUCUUGCCCGUCCUCGCGAGCACGGGAUUUAUCUGUCUGGCAGUACAACUGGGCCUAUAUGAUCUGACCCGAGGCAUUGCGCAUGACAAGACGCUGCUCACGGUCUUUCAGGAACCCCACCCGGAAGCAAAGGCGAACAUUUUUGUCAUGCUGGGAAGCUGGUUGCAUGCGAAUUGGUCGCUGUGGGAGCCUUUCCACUGGGAUCGAGACGCUUUUCUCGAGUAUGACAUUCACCUCUGGACGAUUCCCGUGGAACUCCGCGCAAGUAUGGGAUUAUUCGUCACACUACUUGCCGUCGGAGGGAUGAAAAGCAAUGUCCGCAUGGCAAUACUGGCCAUCCUCAUCGUCGUGGGUUGUCUCAAAGAUAACUGGGCGAUGAUGAUGUUCUGGGCCGGUGCGCUCGAAGCGGAGAUCAUCCUCUCGCGGCAGGCAUCGUCCGUCCCAUACCACGACGUGGACAAAGACUCGGAGCCUGUGCAACGGUCAAGCACGAACAGCAUGUUCCGUGGUCUCAUUCUGGUUCUCUCCCUAAUCUUGAUGUCGGAGCCUUUCGAACCUCAGGAUACCUACGGCUGGCGCGCCCUCAUGCCCUUCAUACCAUCCAACUUCUCUGAAAAGCGACGUUUCUACACUUGCAUCGGAUCGAUGAUUUGCUUUCAUCUCCUCAACUCGGAGCCGAAGGUCUGCGCCUUCUUUCGGUCGAAUUUCAUACAGUAUCUCGGUCGGGUCUCUUACGGACUGUACUUGGUCCAUGGAUUCAUAAUUCAUACCUUCGGAUAUGCGAUGUUCAGCUUCGUUUGGAGAUUUACGGGCGUGGAGACGGCGUUCGCGCGGGAGAUUGGCUUUGGCAUUGCUGCGGCGGUGAUCAUUCCUUGUACGCUCUACGUGGCUGACGUCUUUCAUCGAGGCAUUGAUGAGCCGAGUGUGAGAUUGGCGAAAUGGAUUGAAAAUCAAGUCAUUGUUGCGGAUUGA